AUGGCCAUGAGAAUCAUCUUUCUUUCUCUUCCCUUGACGGCCUUUGCGGGAGUCGUGGCAAGUCUGUUUGAGGAUGUAUCUGAGAUGACACUCGACCGGCCUGCUUCCACGCCGCACUUAUUCACCAGUCAGGGAUACGGCGACUGGAGUUCCCAAAAAGCGAUGCCGAUGAAUGGAGCGUGCCAACCGCUCAAGAGCACAGAUGAUUUAUACCAUAAUGUUGGAUCCAUUUAUAUUCCUUGUGCGAUCACAGCAGGCAAGAAGGCCAUGUGCACCAUGUACAGUGAUUCAAAUUGCCAAGAUGUGAUGGCCGCAUUCGACCGCUCGCACUACAGACUGUUCGAUCGCUCCCAUAAGAACACGAUGCUGACCUCCUACCUCGGUGGAAUGGUAGAGAGUGUCAAGUGCGAGAUGGUCGAUGUCUUGACCAAAGUUUCGAAUAACAACGACCACGUCUCCACUAUGCAUAUGUCCCAAUGUGUCGGUGACAAGUGCAAUUCCGAUCAUGAAUGCCACUUCAACCUCGGCGGCCAUAUGUUCUGCUCGGAGAAGAAGGACAUGACCUGCCAAAUGAGCCGCUUCCUGAAGUUGGGCUCUGAGUGCACUGAGGACCAUCAAUGUCGCGAGGGAUACUGCACUGAGCAUAAUGGGCAGGUUAAAUGUAUGCCAAAGCGAGCACUGGGUGCUCUAUGCUCGUCUUCUGCCGAGUGCAUGUCUGGAGAAGUUUGCUGCGACCUUUCCGGAGGGUCACGGUGCAGCCAGGACCUCUGUAAUGCAGAUGACGUUAAUGACGAUGUCGACAUGUGCAUGAGCACUGGAGUGGAAUGUUACGAACACUCGAUGUGUUGCAGCGGAGGUUGUAUGUUUGACCCGAUGCUUGUGCUGGGUAAGUGCAUGUAG